AUGACAGAUCCCAUCGCUCCUCACAGUGGUCCCAUUUCAGCUUACAUGAGCGUACAUGCGGCAACCAACCUUGCCUACGUGCGUUACUUUGGCAACAAGGAUGAUGCAGAAUCAGCCACUUUUAAAAGCAUUAAUUCACGUGGAUUUACUGUUUCCUACAAACUACGUGGCGAUAACCAAGAACAAGAUCUCUUUAUCGAGUUUACAACACCACUCACCAAACGUGAACAAAUUCGGCCCGUAUUGGAGGAGAUGGCCAAAGAAGCGGAGUCGGCAUUGGGCUUGCCAAGCUCUCUUGCAGGGCCACCACCCAUUCAAGCUAUUGCCAAAGCAUUGUAUGCACAAGCAACGGAUGUCUACACGCCUCCUCAGCCUGCUGUACCUCUUGACACAUUUUAUCCAGCAAAUCCCAUGUGGCAAAUCCUCAUCGCUUUAGGCAUGGGUGCUACCACCGUCUUAGCUCUUUCCUCUGAUGAUUAUUUGUUACGUCAAUUCCCUGCAUCUGUACUUUCCUUCCGUGAAGCCAUUGGUCAUAAUACCAUCCAAAACAUCUUCCGCGGUGCUGUCGCUGUUCAUGUGGGUGAAAGCCUUGUAGCGCUAGGCAUCUGUUUACGUCGUGGUUGGUACAGCCCCAUCAACGUGUUCAAGUGGACUACAAGCACUUUGCUAUUUGGUUUUGCAUCCAUGUCAAAGCUCCUCCUCCAUGCAAAGCAAGUGAAUGGCACCAAGACUGAUUAA